AUGAUGAUGCCAAAGAGAGAGAUUACAGAGACAGAGAAUCCCAACCAAGCUGCUUCUUCUUCAAUCUUUCCCGAUCAUCACUUACCUACAACCACAAAUUAUUUCCCCUUAUCAGGAGAAACCAUCUUCGACAUGUACUGCGAAAAUGAGAAACCUGGGUUGUCCAUCGGCUUCAUGGAUUUACUGGGUAUCCAAGAUCUCAAUCCUUCCAUAUUCGAAUUCCUACAGCAACAGCAGCACCACCAUCACCAACAACAACCGCAGAUGCCAUUGUCGCCACCAACGGCACCACCACCUGCGGAAUCCUCCACGUUUUCAUCAUCGUCUACGGAAGCCGCUAACGAUGAACAGACCAAAGCAGUGGACCAGGAAGAAGAGGAGAAGCCCAAGGAACCGUCGAAACAACCUAAAAAGAAGAACCAGAAACGGCAGAGAGAACCGAGAUUUGCAUUCAUGACGAAAAGCGAGCUUGAUCAUCUAGAAGACGGAUAUAGAUGGAGAAAGUACGGACAAAAAGCUGUGAAGAAUAGCCCUUUUCCAAGGAACUACUAUCGUUGCACCAGUGCGUCAUGCGGAGUGAAGAAGAGAGUGGAGAGAUCAUCGGAUGAUCCAUCCAUUGUUGUAACUACAUACGAAGGCCAACACACUCAUCCAAGCCCCGUCAUGCCUCGUGGAAGCUCUGCCGGAAUCUGUCCAAACUCCGGAGGCUUUACCUCCGCUACUGCUAACUUGGCCGCCUUGCCUAUGCAGAUCACGCAGUCUCAAUUCCAUCAUGGACACCAACAUCAGCGGCAGCAGCAGCAGCAACAAUAUUUCAACAACUUUCCACCUUCUUUUAAUUUCAACUGCAAUAGUCUUCCAUCAACUCAUCCUCUUGCACAAGAGAGACGUUUUUGGGCUUCUCAAGCUUCUUUACUAAGUGAUAAUGGACUUCUUCAAGACAUUUUUCCUUCUGAUAUGCGAAAUUAAGGAGGUCUGGUCAGAUUGAGAGAGAGAGAG